GGAGUAGCGUGGAGGUUUGUAAGUGUGCAGUCGAGGUAAGCUAGUGGUCGGCCUGCUUUCGUAGCUGGUUGGGUUAGAAGCCAGCAGGGGCGUUUGGCCGGGGCUGCUAACCCGGAGCGGAUACCUUGAAGGUGGAGUUCGAGGUUUCCUUCUGGGUGGACCAAGCCCCACCCUUUCGUCCUGUUCAGAUGGUAACAAUAUUCUCAUCUUUAAGAAUAUGAUUUCUUUGAUCUUCAUUUCUGAAUACAGCAAUCGUGCAGAAGGCCUGCAUGCUGCUUGGGCAGGAGGCAAGAUAUCCCCCAAGAGCCAAGAUGCGGGUGUGCUGGUUGGUGAGACAGGACUGCUGGCACCAGCGAAUCAAACUUCCCCAUUUAGAAGCUGUUGUGAUUGGUCGAAGCCCGGAGACCAAGAUCACAGAUAAGAAAUGUUCCCGACAGCAAGUACAGUUGAAAGCGGAGUGUAACAAGAGAUAUGUCAACGUUAAGCAGAUGGGGGUCAAUCCCACCAGCAUUGACGAAGUCGUCAUUGGGAAGGACCGGGAGAUGAAGCUGCUGCCUGGUCAGGUUCUCCACAUGGUGAAUGAACUUUAUCCAUACAUGGUGGAGUUUGAGGAGGUGGCAGAGAGCCCUAACGUAACACAGAGGAAGAGAAAGAGGCCAGACUGUGAUAGUCAGGAGAUGGAAGCUGAGGCUGGGGCCAGCCCCAGCCAGUGCUCUGUGUCCCCUAAGACGGGCAAGCAUGGAGCCGCCAAGGAGGAAUCACUGGGCCACUGGAGUCAAGGCUUGAAGAUAUCUAUGAAAGACCCCAAAAUGCAGGUUUAUAAGGAUGAUCAGGUGGUGGUGAUUAAGGAUAAAUACCCCAAGGCCCGGCACCACUGGCUGGUCUUACCAUGGGCCUCCAUUUCCAGUCUGAAGGUUGUGACCAGUGAACACCUCGAACUUCUCAAACACAUGCACGCAGUAGGGGAAAAGGUGAUAGCAGAUUUUACUGGAUCCAGCAAACUGCGCUUCCGACUGGGUUACCAUGCCAUUCCCAGCAUGAGCCAUGUACAUCUUCAUGUGAUCAGCCAGGAUUUUGAUUCUCCUUGCCUUAAAAACAAAAAGCAUUGGAAUUCUUUCAAUACAGAAUAUUUUCUGGAGUCACAAGCUGUGAUCAAGAUGGUUCAGGAAGCUGGCAGAGUGACUGUUAAAGAUGGGACUUGCGAACUCUUGAAGCUGCCUCUCCGUUGCCAUGAGUGUCAGCAGCUGCUGCCUUCCAUCCCACAGCUGAAGGAGCACCUCAGGAAGCACUGGGGCGGGUGACACUCGCCUUGGUGACCGAGUGCAGUGCUAGCAUCAUUCUGCAUUGCCUGCGCUCCGUUCAGUCCUGAACUAAAGCAUGCAGCUCUUCAAAACAAAGCUUAUUAUUCUUGAGUGACCACACAGGGUGACUCUGGGUCAGGAACUGGGAAUAUGGGUUUGUAUGGUAUAUUUUCUGGUAAUGGAGGAUGAGACAUGCCUGAUCACUCUUCCCAAGACCAUGUCAGGCCUGACUAAUAAGAGGGCAGAGCCAGCUUGAGGUUCAAAUACAAGAUGUAGAAGCAGAGGACUGGUAAUGUAUUUGUUCCUACCCUUGCCCCUGGAUCAUGUUCUAUCUUUUUAUCAAGAUAGCUGAGGUUCUGAGGGGGCCUGGUUCCUGCUCUAUGAUAUUCCUCUUCCCUCCAUGAGGAGGCUUUCAAUCUACUGUACCAGGCUGAGUGCCUGGGUGAACAUAUGUGGCAGUCAUCUGCACAGAGAGAUACUUUGUGUAUGACUGUGCCAGGGAACUGGAAGUGGUAAUAUUGGGCACAGUAUGUUAACAGUACAGCCUGUGUCGAGGGCAAACUGGGGUAAUGUGAACUGCCAGUAAACAGUACAUCCUCUGCUGAGGGCAGCCUGGGGCAGUGUGAACUGCCAGUAAACAGUACAGCCUGUGCUGAGGGCAGCAUGGAACAGUGUGAACUGUUAGUGAACAGUAGUCUGUUCUGAGGGCAGCCUUGUACAGUGAUGUCAGUUAACAGUGCAGUCUGUUGAGGGCAUCCUGGGAUGGUGUGAACUGUCAGUUAACAGUGCAGUCUGUUGAGGGCAUCCUGGGAUGGUGUGAACUGUCAGUUAACAGUGCAGUCUGUUGAGGGCAUCCUGGGAUGGUGUGAACUGUCAGUUAACAGUGCAGUCUGUUGAGGGCAUCCUGGGAUGGUGUGAACUGUCAGUUAACAGUGCAGUCUGUUGAGGGCAUCCUGGGAUGGUGUGAACUGUCAGUUAACAGUGCAGUCUGUGUUGAGGGCAGCCUGGGCAGUGUGUAUUGUUAGCUUCAGGCAGAUUUUACGGAGGCUUCAGCCACUGCUCUUGAGAAUUACAGAACAUUUAACUAAACUUCGGAUAAUGUAUCUUAGAAAAACAGAUGUUGCAAAAUAGUUCAUUUACUUUCCACCUGAUACAAUAUAGUUUAGCACAUCAGUAUUAAAAUGAGUAUUUGCUGUAAACUACUAGGAGUGUCUGUAUCAGACAGCGUAAGAAUGUCAGGUAUAAUGAGAAACAUUUGGGGAAUGAGGUGACCAUGCUUACAUUCUUCCUUCUGCCCAAAAUAGAUUUUUUUAAGACUGGGGUGAGUGCAUGCUGCCCUUCCUAGGACCUGAGUUUUGUUCCCGGCAUCCAUAUUAGGUGGCUCACAGCUGCCUGUAGCUCCAGGGAUCCUGCACCUGCUUCUUGACCUCUGUGGGCACUGCAUUCAAGUACACAAACCUGAAUACAGACACACAUUCACACAUAAUUAAAUCUGUAAAAAUCAGAUCUCGGGCUGGAGAGAUGGCUCAGUGGUUAAGAGCUCCUCCAGAGGUCCUGAGUUCAAUUCCCAGCAACCACAUGGUGGCUCACAACCAUCUGUAAUGGGAUCUGAUGCCCUCUUCUGGUAUGCAUGGAGACAGCCACAGUGCACUUAUACAUAAAUAAAUACAUAAAUAAAAAAAAUAGAUCUCUUAGAGGAAAAAUGUCAAUAAUGACUGGCAGGAAGCAGGUAUUGAGGUAUUGAGGUUUAUUCAUUCCCUAGCCCUCCUCUCCGAAAUGGGCUUUUAUCACCAUGGGGAAGAAGACUGUCUGGACUCUGGAUUACUUGACAGACAUGUCAUUGUACAAUUAGUUGAAGCUUUCCUUCAGAGUCAGAGGGAGGGAUGUUGGGAGACUGCAAAGUAGAAGAAAGCCAGCCACAUUUAAAGCUAGGCACAGUGGCAAAUUCUCUUGCAAUCCCAAAUUUAGGAGGUGGUAGAUCCAGGAGGGCCAGGCAUUCCAGGUUAUCCUUGUCUAUAUGGUGAACUUGAGGUCUGGACUACAUGAGACCCUAUGUCACAGAAGCAAAUAAAUAAAAGAUUUAAAAAGGGGAAAUAAAAUUCUAUCUAAGGUACCAAAGCAUAUUAUUUGGCCCAUCAUGGCCAGGCAAGACCAGUUGUUAUCAAAGCAGCUGUUAUGGCUGGAAUCUGGGAUAACUCAGGCUCAUGUUCUGGAGCGUGGGUCCUUUCCUUGCAGUGUUGUUUAGAUGACUGUGAAGCCAUUAGGGUGAAGCCGGGCUGGCAGAAGUAGGUGUCUAGGAGCAGGCAGGCCCUGAAGGCUAUACCCUUUCCCGGCUCCUGGUGGGCUGCUUUACCUCCUGUGAACAGGACACCCAUCUCUGCUACUAUGGACUGACACUGUGUGUGUGUGCGCGUGCGCACACGCGCGCGCGUGUGUACACAAGAGGACAAUUUCUGGAAGUCAAUUGUCUCCACCAUAUUGGCCCUAGGGAUUGACUCACUAGCUUGACUCAGUGUCUUUACCCACUGAGUUCCAGUAAGUCAGAAGUACUCUUUUAAGAAAUAGCAACUUAGGGCCUGGAGUGACGGCUCAGGGGUUAAGAGCACUGACUGCUCUUCCAGAGGUCCUGAGUUCAAUUCCCAGCAACCACAUGGUGGCUCACAACCAUCUGUAACAGGAUCCGAUUUACAUAUAAUAAAUAAAUAAAUCUUAAAAAAAAGAAAUAACUUAAUUCUCAAGUACGUACACACACACACACACACACACACACACACACACACACACACACACUCUCUCUCUCUCUCUCCUACCUUAUCCCAAGCUACCCUAAACUCACCAUGUAGACUAGGAUGACCUUGAACUUGCUGAGAUCUGCCAGUCCAGAGCCAGGGUACUGGGAUUCAAGUAUCCCACCAAAGAGGAAAAUAAGCAAAUGUACAAGGAUUAGAUAGACAUUGCCCAUAAUUAAUUAAAAUUCAGUGUUUUCUGAGAGUGGAAAUAUUGUCAUGAAAUAUUCCCUUUUGCAGCAAUGCUCAGAUCUGCCUCUUUAGAAUGGUCUUUCUUUUUGAAUGUUGCUAAUGGUGUACUGGCUGGUUUUGUGUAUCAAUUUGGCACACGCUAGAGUCAUCAGAGAGGAAGGACCUUCAGUUGAGAAAAUGCCUCCAUGAGCUCCAGCUGUAAGACAUUUUCAUAAUUAGGGAUCAGUGGGGCUAGCGCCAUUGUGGGUGGUACCACUCCUGGACUGGUGGUCCUGGGUCCUAUAAGAAGGCAGGCUGAGCAAGCCAGGGGAAGCAAGCCAGUGUGGGGUGGGGGCACCCCACUCAUGGUCUCUGCCUCAGCUCCUGUCUCCAGGUUCCUGCUCUGUCUGAGUUCCUGUCCUGGCUGCCUUUGGUGGUGAACAUGACUGCUGUGUGAUUGCCUGUCUGUCACUCGGGCUUUAUGGUAUCCCAGGGCAUUCAGAAUUGGGAGGUGCAUAAUGGAGUGUUAUUUAAGCCAUAAAUAAUGAACAGAAUGGAAUUGUGUCCUUUGCCAGAAGACAGAUACCCUGGAGGUCAUCCUGUGAAACGCAAUCAGCCAGACUCAGAACAGUCACCUCAUACUGGUAUUUCAAAGGUCUUGGCUCUCCUGACUCUAUGCCCAUCGUGAGGCAGAGCAUAGCAGAGGUUGAAGCAUGUACAAAGCCUUCUUGGCACAUGGGACAAAGAGGCAGAGACACCACUUUGUUCUGAGAUUGGUCUUACUGUGUAGCAAAGACUGACCUGGAAUUCAUGCAGCUCAGUUUGGUCUUGAGUUCAAGACCCAACUGCCUUAGCAGUUCUGGGUGUGUGCUAGGAAGUGUUCUCAGAUAAUGUUUUCAGAGCACGAGACACCUUCAUGUGUAGGCUAUCAUGAGUCAACUAACCUUUCUGUGGCUGGACCCUGCAGGUAAGGGGUGGAGCGCAGGGCAGAGGAGAGACUUCUGGCACUCUAAGGAGCCUGUGGACCACCUAGAUUCUUACCUGCUGCUAACAUUUCCACACCACAGGCACCCUCUAGCCUAUGGCAGCUGGGAACUUAUUUUUGCUUUCAAGAACCCAGUGAUAGGUCUGUUUCUCAAAUACAGCUGAUGUGGCUGACCUUGAGUGAAAGGAGACUGAAGGUUUUAGGAGACCCCAGUAUGUAGACCUGACUGAACUUGCCCCUGAAGCUGACAGCCCAUUGCAUACUCUUCACAUGAAUGAGAAAAAGGUGCCUGUUGUAUGUGGAGGCCUUUAACCCAGAUCCCCUGAGGCCGGAGCCCAUGUGAGGCACAACUACAUGACCACAUAGGGUGAUGUGAUGGUUUGCAUAUUUGGCCCAGGGAGUGGCACUAUUAGAAGGUGUGGCCUUGUUGGAGGAAGUGUGUCACUGUGGGGGGGUGGGCUUGGAGACCCUCCUCCUAGCUGCCUGGGGAUGCUCAGUCUGUUCCUGGCUUCCUUUGGUUGAAGAUGUAGAACUCAGCUCCUCCUGCACCAGGCCUGCCUGGAUGCUGCCAUGCUCCUGCCUUGAUAAUGGACUAAACCUCUGAUCUGUAAGCCAGCCCUAAUUAAAUGUUGUCCUUUAUAAAACUUA